AUGUUACACUUAGAUCGAACUAUUCUUAGAUCGAACCGCAAGCAGCGCAGUUCCAGAUUGACCAACUCAAAAUUUCAAGCCUGGUGGCAUAGGCUAUUGUGAGUAGAGGAGUGGAAUACUCUUCUCGUGAAAUACCUCUGAACUUGCUCGAUCGUGUUAAAGUUUGAUAUACAGUGUGUUACAGUGUUCCAAGGUUAUUUGCUUCUUUGUCUCUGUUUUCUUCCUUCUUCAUAUUGUUACAAAAAUAAUGAGGAUGCUGAAUGUUACUAAACAAAAUAACACCUGUUCUAUUUCCUUAAUUAAUUUGCUAGAAGCUCUGUGAAAUACAAAAGGAAAGAGAUGCCCAGUCUUUGGAUAACAAAUCAGGGCAUUUGUUGUAUAAGUUGACAGAUACCAUUCAUACAAAAACUAGCUGAAAGCAAUCCAAAUGACACAUGCUGACAAUGAGUUUGUCAGACUGAAGAAGAUACCAGGGUUUUGGUAUUUUAAAAAAACACACAACAAUUCUAUGUUUUAGUUUUAUAUUACCAUUCUGUAUCAGCAUUUCAAUCACCAUUUUGUAUCGUCUUUCUUCCAGGAAACUUAAGGCAGCAUCCAUGGCUCUGUUUCAUCUUGAUGACAGGAGGUGCUGUGUCUCCAUGUGAGAUGCACAUUGAAGCUUUGGGACAAAAUGAGGUGCCUGCGCAAGAGAUCCGCUGUAUCCUUUCUUGGAGUCCUUGUCAUUUGCUUGUUGUUCUUGAACUUAUACAUUGAAGAUAGCUAUGUCUUGAAUGGAGAUAAGCAGUUAAUCAGAGAUACGGCAACACAUCAAUUAAAUUCCGAGCGGUAUGUUCACAGUUUUAAAGAUCUGUCCAACUUCUCAGGAUCAAUAAAUGUUUCCUAUCGCUAUCUGGCUGGCACACCUUUACUAAGAAAAAGAUAUCUUACCAUUGGACUAUCUUCAGUCAAAAGGAAAAAAGGGAAUUAUUUGCUGGAGACAAUCAAGUCCAUAUUUGAACAGUCAAGUUAUGAAGAGCUGAAAGAAAUUGCUGUGGUCGUACAUCUGGCAGAAUUUGACUCCACCUGGUGUGAUAGCAUGGUUCAAGAUAUUUCACAGAAAUUUGCCCAUCAUGUAAUUGCUGGCAGAUUAAUGGUAAUCCAUACACCAGAGGAAUAUUAUCCAGUUUUGAAUGGACUUAAGAGAAAUUACAAUGAUCCAGAAGACCGGGUGAAAUUUCGCUCCAAGCAAAAUGUUGAUUAUGCAUUCUUGCUUAACUUUUGUGCUAACCUUUCUGAUUAUUAUGUAAUGUUAGAAGAUGAUGUUAGAUGUGCAAAAAACUUCUUGACUGUUAUUAAGAAAGUCAUAACUUCACGAGAGGGAACCUACUGGGUAACUUUAGAAUUUUCCAAGUUGGGUUACAUUGGGAAAUUGUAUCAUUCCCAUGAUCUCCCUCGUCUGGCUCAUUUUUUAUUGAUGUUCUACCAGGAAAUGCCUUGUGAUUGGUUGCUGAUACAUUUCCGUGGGCUGUUGGCUCAAAAGGAUGUCAUACGUUUCAAACCAUCCCUUUUUCAGCACAUGGGAUAUUACUCAUCUUAUAAAGGAGCUGAAAAUAAAUUAAAAGAUGAUGACUUUGAAGAGGAUUCGUUUGACCUUCCAGAUAACCCUCCUGCCAACUUGCAUACCAAUAUGAACGUAUUUGAGAAUUAUGAGGCGAGCAAGGCAUAUAGUAGUGUGGAUGAAUACUUCUGGGCAAAAGCACCCUCAACUGGAGAUUUUUAUGUCGUUGUCUUUGAUAGGCCUCUUAAAAUUAACAAAAUCAAAGUUGUCACCGGUACUGAAGACCGACAAAAUGAUGUUUUGCAUCAUGGUGCUCUGGAAGUUGGAGAAAAAACUGUUGGGGGCAAAAAGGAAAGGCAAUGUACUACCUUCUUGAGACUAGGAGAAUUUAAAAAUGGAAAUUUGGAAAUCACAGAUGUGGAGCACAAAGUUCUUUUUGAUAUUAACUGCAUGAGAAUACUUGUUACCAAAAGUCAAAAGGAAUGGUUGAUCAUUAGAAGUAUUAGCAUAUGGAUUUCACAGCUACCAAGUCAAUAAGGAAAAUCAACAGCAGCAGAAUAUACCAUUGCCUAAACCCAAUGAAAUAGUGCCAUGAAAUGACUUUUUUUCCCCAAUCUUUUUGCUACAGAUACUGGCAAUCUGGGAGAUCAUAAAACAAAUAAAAGCAAUCUAGUUUUUACUAGUUCAGUGAGGCAAUAUUCAAGUACUACUUUGUUGGAAUUUCUGAAUUUUAUAGAACAUAUAAACAAGUUCUGUCCAUCACUCAAACACAGAUCCACUUCUUUGUUGUUUUCUUCUCUUUUCUCCUUUCGGGAGGGAAGGACUGGUUGUGUUUUUGACAUUGUACAAUUUAUGGAUUUUGUGGGCUCAUGCCUAUUGAUUGUCAAAGGAAUUUAACUCCCUCAUGUUCAUGUACAAAUUAAAAAUGUGGUGGUGGUUUGUAAUUGUACAGUGGUUGGUGGCUUGUUUUGAGAUAAUUUUGAUAAAGAAGUCCUGUUAAUACAGCUGAUGUUCUCUACUGUGAGCAUUGUAAAAAAGAUAUGUUGAAAUUACAUUUGAAAUUACACAAUUGGUUAUAAAUCUGUACUUAUCCUGUAAACUGCAGUAAGUGUAUCCACUGUUCUUGAAUUCUCUCGAAAAAUUACUUGUUCUAGUCAGAUUUAUCACCUAGAAUUGAUGGGGUAACUGCAUUUCAUCUAUCUUUAAUUUCCACUUUUCAUUGUUCAAACCAUAUUGAUACCUUUAUGUGAAAUAUUAUUCAAGGUUUUACGCAAAACUAUGAAUUUUGCAUUUCUGUAGAAUGCAAAUGGUUUUAAUAAGCUGAAUAUAGACCUGCAAGAAUAUUAAGAAUUAUGUAUUAUGUGAGGUCACAAUGAAUUCUACCAAUUAUUUGUUAUGCAGACGUAUUCCCAGGAAUAUAAACUAAAGCUCUUUGGAGCUGCCAUAGAAAUAUGGGACCUGCCAUACAAAUAUUAUGAAACAAUAUAAGAAAUAUAACAAAAUACUCACAAAAAUUAAACACAGGUUAGCAUGAUAAAGUAUAUGAAUUUAAAAAUCUGUCUUAUAUUGACUACACUCCACUUUUUUAUUUUAUUUUAUAAUAAUAUUUCAAUCAUCACUUUUCUGUAACUGCAGAACUUAAGAUCCCCAGUUCUAUUCCAGCCUUGACCUGCUCAGGUUCAACAAUACUAUGUGAUGUCUGUGAAGCCAUGCUCCAGCUUUUAUUGCCAAUCAUUUUGGCCAAGGUUGUCACCAGUCACUGUAGUCAAACUGCUUUAAAACUGGAAAUAUUAUAGAAUAAUGUUAGAAAGGUCCCCCCACACACACACACACAAAAUAUGCUAUGGUGCUGAACUAUAACUCCUCUCUAUAAAAUUUGUUAUCAUGGAGUCCCAGAACACCAAUCUACAAUCUCAUGUAUUGGGAGUGGGGUUUGAUCAAAUAAGCAACCUACUUACAAUGAAUUCCUGCCAAUUUUUGCAUUAUUACAAAUAUGCAAUAGUGCUAUUGCAUAGCUUCAUUCCAUUUCAAUAUGUCUUAUAAUAUUUUAUGCCCUUUACCUCUCUUGUAAACAAUUAAUAGGAAAAUGUAUGGGUGAUUGCAUUUAUUCAUUAUACUAUCUUACACAAAAUAUUUCUCCUGAUGCACUUAGCCAGGGGUGUCAAACUCAUGUCAUCAUAGUGGCAUCACAUGAUAUAUUGGGACUUUUUUCCCCUUCACUAAACCGGGCCAGGAUGUGGCCAGUGUGUGAUGCAUCCAGCCCACUGACUGGGAGUUCGACAGCCCUGCACUUAGCCAUCCAACUCCAUGUCUUCUUUUUAAUAGAUUUUUUGGCAUUGCCCAACUUCCACAAAGCAAGGAUUAUUUGUAUCUUCAGAAUUCCUCCCCCCGCCCCAUGUUUAAUUCAUGGAAUGUAUAAUUUACUUUGCAUCUCUGAACUAAUUCUUUGUACACAGUGACCAUCUGUAUAUCUCUGCUACAAGGAAACUUGUGAUUCUUUGAUCACACUUUCAUGAUGUGCCUUAAGGCUAUUUGUUUGUCCUUAUAUUGAUUGACAUUUUUUAUUGUAAUAUUUCCCUGUUUGUCUGAUGCUAACUUUUUUGUUUUCUGUGUUUUUUGUGAUUUUUGUGAUUUUUCAUGUGACAUAUUUCAUUGCUCUAUAUAUGCAUUCCCAUUGCACAGGGGAAAAAACGCUAUGGCUAUCAGAUCAGGUAGAAAAUUUCCAUUCUUUGAAAGAAUUUCCAACAAGUUUUGAAUAAGAAAAAAAAUAGGGGACUUUUGAUUUUAUACUAUGGAAUUGCUAGAGUAAUCCAUAUAUCUCUCCCCAAAUCUUUUUGAGUUAUCUUUCAUAUAUAAGAUUAACAUCUUUCUUUAAACCUCCCACUCCCCAAAUGCAUACAUAAACUGUAGUGAUAUUUUAUACUACUAAGCUAGAAGUAGUUGUCAUUGUGCACACACUGUG